GAAAUAACAAUAAUACUGGUGGUAUUGUUUAAUUCGAUAAUUGAAUUACUUACGUAAUUAAUUGAAUCGUGCCGUAACCCUCUUCAUAGCAUUGUUUUGCCUGGGUGCACUAAGAUAAUGUUUUAUCUCUAUCAGUCUGAUGGUGGCGGUGGGACGGUCUCAUACAAGGCUAUUAGUUGCCUAGAAACAAGAAAACAAAACAGCAAAACAGCACCGAGAUGACUGUGCAUUAACCGAGCCGUUUAAACAAGCGAACCACCUCAGACUCUGCCAGACCAAGUAUCUGUACGAGGCCCAGUGGGGUCAAAUACUCACAUUAGAUUUAUUUGUAUUCAUUAUAUACUGAGCGCAAAUUAACACUGGAAAUCCGCCAGUUAACAACGACGUAACGAGCCGUAUCGCGAGAAAGCCCGAGAACAUGGAAACAAGACAACAAAAAUAAAUUUGUGGACAACAAGCCAGAGUGCAUGAUGGCGGCGUCGCUGCUGCGCCGGGACAAGAAAUCCACUGCCGCCCACUUGAAGGCAGACUUAAACCGGACUGACAAUAGCUCCGGGAUCCGACAACUUCAGGAGCUGCUCGACGCUGUGCUAAAUCCCGAAAAAUCAGCGGCGGACACAGAGGCUCUUGACUGGUGUAAAUGUCUAAUUGCAGGAGGCGAAGGUUUCGAGGAGUUCUGCAAAACGGUCCGGUCCUAUGACAACGCGACUCUGUGCGGCUUGGUUUGGACCGCUAAUUUCGUUGCAUAUCGAUGCCGGACCUGUGGCAUCUCCCCGUGCAUGUCACUGUGUGCUGAGUGUUUCAAUAACGGAGACCACACGGGCCAUGAUUUCAACAUGUUCAGGAGCCAGGCUGGCGGGGCCUGUGACUGUGGAGACGGUAAUGUCAUGCGAGAGAGUGGAUUUUGUCGACGACAUCGGUUGAGAACAGGGGAAAAUAUCCCCUCAAUACCUCGAGACCUUCUCUUGAUGUCUGAGAUGGUUCUUCCUCGCUUCAUCCUGUGUAUCAUACAGUACCUGAGGGAUGGAUACAUUGAACCAGACACCUCAACUGAGAGAGAUCUACAGAAAGUCCUGCAGCAGCUGGAGCCUCAGAUCUCUUUCCUGGAGGAGCUCACAAAGAUGGGAGGGGCAAUGAGGACUGUACUGACAAAGAUCUUGACCAAUCAGCAAACAUUCAAGGAGUUGAGCAUGGGCCAAGAGGAGAAUUUGUAUGCUAAAAAGAACUAUGACAAGUAUUUGUCAGCAUUAAAGAAUUCAGGUCUGGUGUCUGUGGAGGAGAAAGCCCAAGGUGCUACUGCUGAUGUCAAUGUUGGGGCUGAAGGAGGUGCAGGAGCCAUGGUCCUAUUGGGGACCACUUCACCAGGGAGCCCAGAUGAGUCUAGUAAAGAGGAAGACCAAGAUGCAGGGCAGUCUGUUGGUCAAAGGAAGAGGGUUAAACUGAGUAGCAGUACCAAAGACCCGAGUAUUAUUGAAUCUCUAAAGCAUAAAUGCUUCUUGGAGGAGUUGCUGUUUUGGACGAUAAAAUAUGAGUUUCCUCAGAAGAUGGUCACCUUCUUACUAAACAUGUUGCCAGAUCAAGAUUACAAGAUCACUUUUACAAAAACAUUUGUUCAGCAUUAUGUGUUCAUCAUGAAAACACUGAUGAAAAGCCACGAGUCGGAUACCAUGUCCAACCGCAUUGUACAUAUUAGUGUGCAGCUGUUCAGCAACGAGGAGCUGGCUCGACACGUGACAGAGGAGUGUCAGCUGCUGGACAUCAUGGUCACAGUCCUCCUCUACAUGAUGGAGAGUUGCCUUAUCAAAAGUGAACUUCAAGAUGAAGAGAAUAGUCGUCAUGUUGUGGUGAACUGUAGUGAGGCGCUGUUGAAGAACAACACCUACUGGCCAUUAGUUAGUGAUUUUAUUAACAUCCUCUCACACCAAAGUGUAGCGAAAAAGUUCCUGGAGGACCAUUCACUGCUGAUGCUGUGGAUGAGCUUUGUGUCAUUUUUCCAGGGUAUGAACCUCAAUAAGCGGGAGCUGAAUGAACAUGUGGAAUUUGAGUCUCAGACAUACUAUGCAGCGUUUGCAGCAGAGCUUGAAGCCUGUGCACAGCCAAUGUGGGGUCUCUUAACACACUGCAAAGUCAAAGAGACACAGGAAUAUACUAAAACUGUGGUACGCUACUGUUUGGAAACCCUCCAGAUCUGGUUUGAUGCCAUUGGCUUCAUUGAUGAGCCUGCUCCAAAUCAAGUGACAUUUCACCUGCCACUGCACCGCUACUAUGCCAUGUUCCUCAGUAAGGCUAUAAAGUGCCAAGGUCUGGACUUGGACAGCCUCCUGCCUGACCAAGAGAUGCUUAUGAAGAUCAUGGUGCAUCCACUCCAAAUCCAGGCAUGCCUGUCAGAGAUCCACAGCAACAUGUGGGUCAGGAAUGGUCUGCAGAUCAAGGGACAGGCUAUGACUUAUGUGCAGUCACACUUCUGCAACUCAAUGAUUGACCCAGACAUCUAUCUGCUCCAGGUUUGUGCAUCGAGACUAGACCCUGACUACUUUAUCUCAAGUGUUUUUGAGAGGUUCAAAGUGGUUGACCUGUUGACCAUGGCGUCUCAGCAUCAGAAUGCCGUGUUAGACUCUGAGCAGGAGAGACCGAUGCUUGAAGGAGCACUGACCUUCCUGGUCAUACUGACAAGCCUUCGCAUCCAUUUGGGGAUGACAGAUGAUGAGAUCCUUCGGGCUGAGAUGGUCUCACAGUUGUGUAUGAAUGACCGUACACACAGUGCGCUGUUAGACCUUAUUCCUGAGAAUCCCAACCCAAAAAGUGGCAUUGUCCCAGGGAGCUGUAGUUUUGAGGAAAUGCUCUCUGCUGUGGCUGACUUCAAGGCUCCUGUUUUUGAGCCUGGAGGCUCUAUGCAGCAGGGCAUGUACACACCCAAAGCGGAGGUGUGGGAAAAGGAGUUUGACCCCAUCAUGGUCGUUCUCAGAACUGUCUAUCGGCGUGACGUCCAGUCAGCGAUGGACAGAUACUCAGCAUUUUUGAAGCAGUCUGGCAUUCACACUGGCAACCCAUGGCCACCUUACAAGGAGAGGACUCCUCUGCACCCAUGUUACAAAGGCCUAAUCAAGCUGUUGCACUGCAAGACACUGCACAUUGUGAUAUUCACUCUCCUUUACAAGAUAUGGAUGGAUCAUCAGAACAUGUCUGAGCAUGUGCUGUGCAUGGUGCUGUACCUGAUUGAGCUGGGCUUGGACAACCAAGUUCAAGAAAACAAGGAGGAUGAGGAGCCUUGCAUUGAGGAGCACUGCCAUGAUAGCUGGUUCCCUGGCACCAACCUCCUCUCCAACUUGCACCACGUCAUCAACUUUGUGAGGGUUCGGGUUCCUGAGACAGCCCCUGAGGUGAAGAGAGAGGCCCCUCCCAGCACCAGCACUGAAGCCUCCUCUUAUGGCCAGAACUCCAGGCGUCUUACAGGCAAUUGGAGAGAGAACCUACGUGAAGCUCAGGUGUUCAGCCUUGUGGCAGAGCGCAGGAGGAAGUUCCAGGAGAUAAUCAACCGCAGCAACACUGAAGCAACCCAGGUUGUCAGGCCCAAGAGCUCCUCAACACGCUGGGUCCCACCAGGCACACCCCCGCAGUUGGUAACAGAGAUUCUGGAGAUCCGCGAAAGCAUGCUGUCCCUCCUCAUCAAGCUCCACCAGAAGCUGUCAUCCAAACAGAACUCUCUGUCAGCGUCCUGGCUAGAGGAUAUGGACACGAGCCGUCACGCUCAUGGAGAUGGCAUUACAGCCAUUGAGCGCAUCCUCACCAAGGCAGCCACGCGCAGCUGCCAAAUCAAGCGUAGCAUUCAGGACAUUUGCGGAAAGGUGUGUCCUCCAGUGCCACCAAAGAAGAACAGUCCCACUGACAAGAAAGCCAUGGAUAAAGAAGAAAGGCGUCAGAGGGCCAGAGAGAGACAGCAGAAAUUGCUUGCUGAAUUUGCAUCCAGGCAGAAGAGUUUCAUGGAAACAGCUAUGGAUGUUGAAUCCCCUGACACUGAGGCAGCCAUGGAUCUAGGAGCAUCUGAAGUGAUGGAGUCUGAGGUUCUUUAUGACUGUGUGAUCUGUGGCCAAAGUGGACCAUCCACUGAGGACCGUCCCACUGGCCUAGUAGUUCUCCUCCAGGCAUCCUCAGUGCUCGGGCAUCGCUGCAAAAACAAAGAGGCUAAGAAUCUCCCAACGACUGAUGAAGAGCACAUCUACCCUGCAGACACGUGUGGAGUGGCACAUGAUGUCAGGCUCACGCUCAUGCAGCGGUUCUUCAAAGAUAGUUCUUGCCUGCAGUCUGUGUCAAUAGGUUGGGAUGGGGGUGUCUACGUCCAGACCUGUGGUCACACUUUGCAUAUAGAUUGCCACAAGUCAUACAUGGAGUCUCUGAGGAAUGACCAGGUCCUCCAGGGUUUCUCUGUUGACAAGGGUGAAUUUACGUGCCCACUCUGUCGACAGUUUGCCAAUAGUGUCCUUCCCUGUCGCCCUGGGCGGGGCACAGAGGCUGGUGCCUGGCACACACCCACAAACAAGAAGACAUGUGUGCUUGUAAAGGAGGUAGAAGAUCUUCAGGAGAAACUUGGCCUUUUCCCUACGGAGUCCAAUUUGAGUAAAGAGAUGGAGCUGGUUAUCAAAGACAUCAAGAACACCACUCAGAAGAAAUACAUGGACUACGGCAAGAACCCUGGCUCCCCUGACAAUGAUUUCCUCUUCAUGUACUCUGUGGCAAGGACCAACCUGGAGUUGGAGCUUGUGCAUCGGGGAGGAAACCUGUGUUCUGGAGGAGCCAGUGCAGCUGCCAAACGCUCAUGUCUCAAUCAGUUGUUCCAUGUGCUGGCCAUGCACAUGCGUCUGUACAGCAUUGAUUCAGCCUACAAUCCCUGGACUAAGCUGACUCAGAUUGCACAAAACAAAGAGGCAGACUUUGAUGAAGAGAGACCCGAGGUGCCCAUGCUGUUUCGAGACGUCCCGUCCCUCCUGAUUAUCUUUGUGCUAACGAUGCCUCAGCCUCUGCGUAAAGAACACUUUACCUGUGUGGUGAAGAUGCUGUACAACCUGCAGUUGACCCAGGCUCUGGCUGCUCUGUCAGCCAGGUUCAGCCCAGAGGAAAGACAGGCCUGGAGCACAUCUGGAGCUCUUAAGAAGAAUGCUGUGAAUGCUGAGAAGUCUUUUGAGGCGCUGCUCAGUCACGUUAUCAGUGAGCUUUCUAAGGACAAGAGCGUCUACAAGGUGAAUGUUGAAGAAACAUUAAUGCUGAGCUCCAGUGUGUGGUCCCCACAGUCUAUUGAGUUCAGCCUCCAGCAGUUCUGCCUGCCCUUCCUUCGCCUCUCCUGCCUCCUGCAGCAUCACCUUUAUGGAGACAACCUAACUGGCUGCUUGGAGGAGGAGGAGUUCUCGUCUUUGGCUGUGUGUUUGGGGCUCAUACCCUCUGCCCCUCAGCCUUCCAACACCGUGAACAGUGCCUCAUGUCUGGAGUGGGCGGUCAACGCCUUCGACUUGGUGACACAGUGGUGUGCUGAGGUUACAGGGCUCUCUCAGAUGCAGGCUGAGCAAUCAUUGACGUUGCUUGUCCAGGAUCCUCAGUGGGCAGCCCCUCGCCUUCUGCAGCUGCCUGACAACUACAAUAUCAUCUUCCAGUACUAUCACAGGAAGGCCUGCACUGCCUGCAAAAAGGUGCCAAAAGACCCUGCACUCUGCCUUGUUUGUGGCGCCUUCGUCUGUCUCAAAGGCCCGUGUUGCAAACAGCAGGGUAUCUGUGAAUGUGUUUUGCACUCCCAACAUUGUGGCGCAGCUACAGGCAUCUUUCUACUGAUAAAUGCCUCAGUCAUCAUCAUCAUCCGCGGACAUCGUUUCUGCCUGUGGGGUUCUGUUUACCUCGAUGCCCACGGAGAGGAGGACCGCGAUUUACGCCGUGGUAAGCCUCUCUUCUUAUGUGAAGAGAGGUAUCGAGUGUUGGAGCAACAGUGGGUUUCACACACCUUUGAUCACAUCAAUAAGCGUUGGGGGCCUCACUAUAAUGGACUCUAAGAUCUUCCAAAGUCCACUGAAAACAGCAACCCGUGACGGAGAAGAUUUUUUUUUCUGGCUUAUGUGUCUGCCUCGAUCAAAAUAUUUUGGAAUUCUUAAUGUGAUAAAUACAAACAUCCGGUGAGGGUUUCGCUGCCACAGCCUUGGUUCAUGUGAAGUUUGGUGUACAAUCAUGCCUAAAGAUUAACACGUGUGUGUGUUUAAGUGAUUUAUUGUGUGGUUUUCAACAGGGAAAAACAGAAUUCGGUAAGAUCAAAGUAAAAAGCACAACUUUGCCCAGAAUUGAAAUUGGUAAUGGAAUGGGCUUUUGAAGCCUAUCAUAUUUAUUUGGGUUAAAAAAAUAUAUAUAUAUAUAUCAAGUGCUGAAUGUCCCUGCAAAGUUUGAUUACUUUUUGCACCAUUUAUGAUGAUGUUAAUGCAUAUCCCUUUUAUUUAUCAAAAUGUGCUCUGCUGUGCUGGCAUGAGUUACAAGCUCCUGAUGAGUGUAGCGAUGUUAUUGCAAUGUGCACUCAUUGUCUGCUGACGUGAUGCUAGGCAGGACAAGUCCACCCAUCAACACACUAGAGUUUUUUUGCAAACAAGCGAAGGCUCUUUUUAUGGGUCUAGUUGCAAUCCAUCCUCAGGAAUUUAUUUUUUUUGUUUUUGUUUUUGCUGUUAAAAAUACGUUUUAGAUAUUUAAAUAAAUGCUGCUGCUCAUUGUUCAAGUAAGUAAUUUCAACUUUUGUGAAGAAUUUUUUUUUUUUUCUAAGGUUGUGCUUUGAGUUUACAGUAGAUGGCUGGGAACGUUGACUCAAACUCACUUUAAUGUUUAAGGAGGUAUGCGGUCACAUCAUUACGCUUGCUACAGUUCUUGUAGUCCUGCCCUAUCUGUGCUUUUCUGUUUCUGGUUGGUUCUAAAGAAGAACCUCAAAUGCCAACUCUAAAGACAGCUAAAAUUACAACCUGGUCUAAAAUUCACUGUCACUGCUCCACAAAAAUCCUGAAGUCAAACACAGAAUUUAAGUAGCAUAUUUUUAAAGGAAUGUCAUUGCACAGAUUCAGUGUCCUGCUGCACUGGCAGAGCUGAAGGCCAUAUGAGAGCUGAAAUAUUGGCUCUGUCAAAGUAUUCUCUCAAGAUAUGAAACACAAUAAAAGGUAAGUUGCUUUUGACAAGAAAUGCCAAUACUCUUCAUCCUUCUGUGCUGUCAGAAAAAGUUUUCUCCUUUAUGCUUUUGAUUGUUGAGUCAUAACUGCAGUACAGAACAUUUAUUGUGAUGACUAUCCCUCACUUAUGCAUCAUCUAGUUGUGAUUUAUAGUUGCAUUCCAACAUUACAAGAUUAUCAGACUUGAUUAUCUGUUAUACACUGUGCAUGACAUCCUUUAAGCCACUGUUAUUUAAGUGUCUUAGCCACUUAAUUUUCUGAUUAUCAUCUUAUUUUUUCUGGAAGAGAGGAAAUUUAUCCAGUCGUGCCUGCAAGAUUAAUUACAAUUUUUUUUUCCGAGUGAUAAACAGCGUACCGGUUUUGAAAUGCUGGGCUGCACUAAGGAUUCUUUAAGGAAUGAGCUAACACUUGAAAAACUUCCUCCUGAAUUCAUGCAUGCUGCUUUUCUGUUUACUGAGUUUCUCCUCUCUUCUUUAUUUUGCAGUACCCACUUUGUAAAUGACCGCAACCAAAUAGCCAAUGAGUAAUGGGUGUAAAUUGUAACUGAAAGCUCUUGUGUGUUCUCCUGUAUGAAUGAAGAGAGAAUACAGUAUAUUACUGUAGGUGCUGACUCAAACUUUCUGAGUUUGACCAGAAAGUGUGACUUGGACAUUUAAUGCAAAAUGUAACAUAUGUGAAUAAAAUAUAAACACAGUGA